GCGGGGAGCUGGGCGCAGGCCGCCGCCGCCGCCGCAGCUGCAGGGCGGGGAAGGGCCGCUGCGCAGCACCGCGGGGCGGGGGAGGGGGCGAGCGAGAGACCGUCAGGCAGCGUCUCGCGUCGUGCGCCUCCUCCAGAGCGCCAGGGUGGGAGCGGGCACAGCCAGAGACGCUAGCGACCCGCCGCCCGGCCGCGGACCCGACCCUGAGAGGAGGGAGGCAGCUGCCGCCAGGCCCCGUCCGCGCCGCCUCAUCGGCAGCCGAGCGAAGGUUCCUCAAAUGCUUUACAAACUUAACGAAUUGAUAUACAAACUAUAACAGGGACCACUUCAUCCAUCACUGAAAUGGAGCCACUUCUGGGAUGUAAAACGGCUACUGUUUAACAACGCACAGCAACACUGCACAACAUUUUAGGAUGGAACUGAAGAAGAAUACUGUUUCCAAAUGAAACCACAGGGAGAAUUUUAGGUGAAGUAAGAGCUGCAGAAGACGACCAGUAUAGCUUGCAAUAAUGCCAUUCCCCUUUGGCAAGUCCCACAAGUCUCCUGCAGACAUAGUGAAGAAUCUGAAGGAGAGUAUGGCAGUUUUAGAAAAGCAAGAUAUCUCUGACAAAAAGGCAGAAAAGGCCACUGAAGAGGUUUCGAAAAAUCUGGUUGCCAUGAAGGAAAUAUUAUAUGGCACAAAUGAAAAAGAGCCACAAACAGAAGCUGUGGCACAGCUUGCUCAAGAACUUUACAACAGUGGUCUUCUUAGCACCCUAGUAGCUGACUUACAACUGAUUGAUUUUGAGGGCAAAAAAGAUGUCGCUCAAAUUUUCAACAACAUUCUCAGAAGGCAAAUUGGUACAAGAACUCCCACAGUGGAAUACAUCUGCACUCAACAAAAUAUAUUGUUCAUGUUAUUAAAAGGGUACGAAUCUCCAGAAAUUGCUCUAAAUUGUGGAAUAAUGUUAAGAGAAUGCAUUAGACAUGAACCACUUGCUAAAAUAAUCUUGUGGUCAGAACAGUUCUAUGAUUUCUUCAGAUAUGUGGAAAUGUCAACGUUUGACAUUGCUUCAGAUGCGUUUGCCACAUUCAAGGAUUUACUUACGAGACACAAGUUGCUGAGUGCAGAAUUUUUGGAACAGCAUUAUGAUAGGUUCUUCAGUGAGUAUGAGAAGUUACUUCAUUCAGAAAAUUAUGUGACGAAAAGGCAGUCACUUAAGUUGCUUGGUGAAUUGCUAUUGGACAGACACAACUUUACAAUUAUGACAAAAUACAUCAGUAAACCUGAAAAUCUGAAACUAAUGAUGAACCUUCUACGAGACAAGAGUCGCAACAUUCAGUUUGAGGCCUUUCAUGUCUUUAAGGUGUUUGUAGCCAAUCCUAACAAGACACAGCCUAUAUUAGAUAUCCUCUUAAAGAACCAGACCAAACUUAUUGAGUUCCUCAGCAAGUUUCAGAAUGACAGGACCGAGGACGAACAAUUUAAUGAUGAGAAGACCUAUUUAGUUAAACAGAUCAGGGAUUUGAAGAGACCAGCACAGCAAGAAGCUUAAUCUCCAGUAAACCCCUAAAAUAUUAAACCCAAAUUCCGCAUUUGCUGUUAGAUAUUCAGCAUCAGGCACUCUUAUCAAUUCAUGAGGAACAUUACUGCUAAUCUGCUGUUCAGUGAACGGUUUUUGUUUUCUCUCUUCUUUUUUAGUCCAAGUUGAAAAACUAGCUGCUGCUUUCUUGCACAAUGUGGACUUUCUUGAUAUUUGUGUCAUUUCAGAAUUCAAAGACACUGCUUGUUUUAGGAGUCCUGGGGGGAAAAAAGAUACUAGAUUCAUGAAAGCAAACAUAGAUGAUAGUUUGAUUUAGGAAAGAAGGUAUUAAUGUAGUUAAGCAACAGGUUGCAUGCUUGCAAAUCUGAUUAAAUCAUAUGUUUGCACUUACGUUGUUUGAGAUAUGAGCACAAUGUGACCUGUGCAUACAUGGCACCAUAAUAUAAAAUUGUAUGCCUUGAUUAAAAAAAAAAAGUGCAGUGCUUUACUUGUAAUCAAAGGGGAAAUGUAUCUAAGAUGUGAGCUUAUUGGGAUAAACAGUUGUCUUGCAAAUAAACUCAAUUUAGCAACUUUUAAAAGAGUGAAAUCUUGAGGUUCAUAAGGAAAUGUAUAUAAUAUGCCUUUCACUGCUUUAUAGAUUUUUUUUGACAUAUGAUUUUCUGAGAAUUGAGUUGUAAA